UUUAAGAACUAUCGUAAAGAUACAAACCUUCCUGGUGAAUUAUCAGAUAUUUCAAACCCAAAGCAACUUGAAGAAGAGCUUUGUAAAUAUUUUACUGUAUGUCGUAAAACUAAUGGUGAUGAAUAUUCUGUUGCAUCUCUUCAAUAUGCAAUUAAUGCAUUAAACUGGUAUUUUAAUAGUGAAACAAGCAAAUUAAAACUGAUUGACCUAAAUGAUAAAAAGGCACACCCUGAUCUUUGGCGUAUAUUGAAUGGAAAAAUUAAAAUGUUGUCUGCAAGUGGGUAUAGAGAAUCAAAUAGAUCUGACACCUUAACAAUUGAUGAAGUUCAACAAAUUCUAUCACAUUCUCAAAUAUCAAAACAUAAUCCCAAAGGAUUGCUAAAUAGAGUUUUCUUUUUUAAUGUACUUUGUCUUGGUCUACGUGGUGGAGAACACUUUUUAUUAGAACUUGUUUCUUUUAAAAAAAAAGACACUGAAACAUUUUCUAUUUCACCAAUAUUUGAUAUUGUUGAAUCAUAUAAUACAUAUAUAGCUAAACGUCUACCUAAUGCUAACUCUCAAUUCUAUCUUUAUCUGAUUAAAAAAAAUCAUA